AACCUCGCCUCCCCCCACUCCUUCCCUCCCUCCCUCGCUCACCCAGUGGGGCAGCCAAAGCCGAGCCGCAACCGCAAAGAUCUUGCGCGGCCUCCUUUCCCCAGCUCGUCACUGUGCCGCUCGUGCCAUCCACCCUCGGUUCACCCAACCAACAAUCCAUCCGCCACCACACCCCGCUGCGGCGAUGUGCGGCGGCGCCAUCCUCUCGGGUUUCAUCCCGCCGUCCGGGGUGCCGGCGGCGGCAGCGGCGGCCAAGAAGAAACAGCAGCGGCGUGCGACGGCGGACCUGCUGUGGCCGGGGCCCGGCAAGAAGGGAGCGCCCCGGGAGGAGGACUUCGAGGCCGACUUCCGCGAGUUCGAGCGCGGCCUCGGAGAGGAUGACGACGUGGACGGGGCCGGCGACGAGGUCCAGGAGCUUCCUCUGCCGGAGCCGGCGAGGCUCGCCUUCGCCGCCGCGGUUGGGGCGCCGCGCACUGCAGUUGACGGCGUGAUGACUCCAAAGGAUGGUGAAGGAGACAUGCCUACUACCGCUACCAACUCAGCAGCAAAUAAGCGCAGGCGGAAGAACCAGUACAGGGGAAUCCGGCGGCGGCCCUGGGGCAAGUGGGCGGCCGAGAUCAGAGACCCCAGCAAGGGCGUGCGCGUCUGGCUCGGCACAUACAGCACCGCCGAGGAGGCGGCCAGGGCGUACGACGCCGAGGCUCGCAGGAUACGCGGGAAGAAAGCCAAGGUCAAUUUCCGGGACGAAGCGGCGGCAGCAGCAGGUGCUCAGAAGGCACCAGCCGCAACUACUCCAACUGCUUGUGGCAACGCAGCGAGGCUAGGUCCUCCACCUCCACCGCCGAAGUUCCGUGCUGACGAGGUUUUCGGGAACAUGAACGGUGGCACUGGCAGCAACGAUCUGUUCGCGAUUAUGUUCGCGUUCAGUGACAGUAGUAGUAAGGUCGUUCGUGUGGAGCCAGGUGAGGGCGCCGCCGGUUUCCUCCCCGCAGAUCUGUUGCCCGGCAGUAAGAGGUCUGCGGCUAACAUGCUGCUGCUCUCCGACCAGAGCAGCGACUCGUAUGGCUCUUGUGACUUGGGGUGGGAGUGGGACUGGGACGAUGACACCAUGACCUCAGACUACGCCUCAGUCUUUGCUCCAGCUGCUCCCAGUAACGUUGUGCCAGCAUGGUACACGCAAGGUGGACCGGUGUCGAAGAGAACGAGGAGCAGCUACGGCUACGGUGCGGCCAUGCCGGGCGGCUUUGACCCUGAGACGAACUACCAGUACCAGCCGUUGCCUUAUGUCGUCGAGAGCAGCCCGUCAGACGGCGCGUCGACGGACGACAUGGACUGCCUUCAAAUGAUGCGGGCUGGUGAUGUUCCACAGGAUGGGGCGAGCAGUGGUGGUGGUGGCGGCGACGGCGGCGAUAUCUGGAGCCUUGACGAGCUGCUCAUGGCCGCUGGCGCUUACUGAGAAAAGCUAUGUGCAUCGCAUUCGCAUGUGCUAGACGGCUACUUGCUGUGCCGUGAAUGGAGUGUUUCUCAGCUUCGUUUUGCUUUUAAUUUUUUGUUAUGCCAGGUCUCCUGCUUGUGCUUGUGGUGAUGAUGCAGGAGAGCCAUGGUGGGUACUAUGCUUUUGCUGCCAGUGGAACUGUAAGACAAUGUUUAUAUAGUAUCUAUACUAUGUUGGUGCGUCGAUGGUUCA